AUGCAGAUGCGAUUCCUGCGCAGGAUCAAAGAGAAGCAAAAAAAGAGAAACCACAUAUGGAACUCCAUAAUAAGGAAUAACCCAAACGUAAGACCAGCUAAAACUGUGAUAGAGGAAAAUCGAUUGAGAUGGUUUGGCAAUAUCUUUCGAAUUCCAGAGAAAGUAAAGUUGAGGGAAGAAGACCUCAGUGAAGGCCCAGGAAGACUUGGAAGGUCGGUCUCAAAGAGGCCUUUGACAGAAGGGAUAAUGACUGGUGGAGGUGGCCGGCAGUUGGCCGAGAAUCGAAAAAGUAUCGCCCGAUUGGCCUUGUCCUGUCUCUGGGAUGUGCCCAACGACUUAACAUUAGGCACAUCCCAGAAACAGAGCAUGCCAACCAGAAAGGUUGACAUUUUUCCGAUAAAGCUUGACGCUUUCUUUUUCCUUUCAGCGGUUUCGUACAUGUAUAAUUUCAUGUAGUACUCAUUUCAUGUAAUCUGUAUAAAUUAUUUUGACAAAAAGCAAACAGACUUAAUUAAUAUUUAAGGAUUUUGAAAUUCUUCGCAGUAUAUUUCAAAUCACCAAAGGAUACCUUCAACUUUCAGCAAAAAUCUAUUUCGAUAAUCGGUUUUCAAUACAUUCGAUGAAAAUUAAACCAUAUUCCAUGUGAAUGUCACAGAAACAUUAUCUAAACGAAUGCACAUGACAUAUUAGCAUAUUUUUUAAGAAUUUAUAAACUCCGGAAUCUUUCAAUGUUUUCAACAAUUAUUUUGUAUCUACUGUAAAGGGCUUAGAUUUAAGUUUUAUAGUUUAGCGUUUUAGUUAUUGAUAAACUGAUGCUGGUUGACCACAGCUUAAGAGAUCUUGGUUCUUAGUGGAAGAAAUAUAUAAACCAAGCAAUUGGUUAUUCUCGUAAGGUAUCCCGAAUUUUGACCCGAUUUUGAAAGCCUUCUUCAGGGGUAUAGGAAACAACAUGAAUAACAAGUUAGCAUAAGAAAUAAAUAAUAGCUAAUAUAUAUUUUUCAUUUGUAUGAUCUUUUUAAUAGUAUCAUACACAAGCUCCUGUUACAUUUACAUUUUUUUUUUUACUAUAUUUACUUUAGAAGUCUAGCAUUAAUGUAUUUUCACUAUGUUUAUUUAUGAUCUACCAUUCUGUUCUUGAAAAUAUCAUUCUGAUCAUAUGUAUAAAUAAUUGUUUCAACUAGGGACACUGAUAAGAGAAUCAUUUAAUUCUAUAAAUUAAUAUAAUUUAUUUGAACAACAUUACUGACUUUUUAAAAAUAUAUAUUUAUUCUUCUAAGAAAUGUUUCUAUUCUAUUGUAAAAUAAAAAAAUAUAACUUUUAAAUUUAAUAAAUUAUAAUAAUCAUAAUACUGAAACAAAUUACUCUAUCAAACAGGUACUAUGAUUUUUUUUUCAUAAUUUAAAAAGCAUUUAAAUUCUUAAAACGAAAUUUUACUUUCUUUAAAUGUACCAAACAUUACCUUCUAAAUUACAGUUAUUUUUUAUCUUGAAAAUAAUUAACUACAUCAUGACAUAGUUUUAGUUUCUUCUUAACUUUUUUUAACAUGUUUAAAAUAUUCUUUCUUGUUUUGCAUUUUUUUUUUCAGUUGUAACUGUUUCACAAAAUAUUUCAAAACCAGUUUUUUUAAAAGUAUUACAUGUUUUGAAAGAGAAAAAUAAAUUAACUGGUUUAUUUACUUUUCUCUUUCAAAUUUUUCUCUUAUUUUAUAUUAUAUACAAUUAACCUUCUGACUAAAUAUUGUUCAAUUUUCUUUAAAUUAAUGCAUAUAUUCCCAUUGCACUUUUGAUCAUAUAUAUUUCUAAAAUGAACAAACAAUGUUAUUUAAUUUUACUUCUAAUUGAAGGCUUCUUACAUUUUUACAUUCUUUAAAUGUACUAAAUAUUUGCCUUCUGAAUUACAGUCAUGUUUUUAGCUUGAAAAUAAUCAACCAUGUCAUGGCAUAGUUUUAGUUUCUACUUUACCUUUUCUAACAUGAUUAAAAUAUUCUUUCUAGUUUUGAAUUUCUUCUUUCGGUAUAAUAGUCUCACAAAAUAUUUCAAAAUGAGUUUUUUAAAAGCAUUAACAUGUUUUGAAAGAGAAAAAUAAAUAAAUAUUGUUCAAUUUUCUUUUAAAUAAUGCAUAUAUAUUGUUUUUAUUCUAUUGUAAAAUAAAAAAUAUAACUUUUAAAUUUGAUAAAUUAUAAUAAUCAUAAUAUUGAAACAAAAUAUUCUAUAAAACAGGUACUAUGAUUUUUUUUUCAUAAUUUAAAAAUCUUAUUAAUUUCAUAAUGAUUUUAUGGUAACUUCAGAAUUUAUUUUCAUAACAAAAUUUUUUAUAUUUAUAUUUUCAAUUCUUUUUUCAAUAUUAAAAAAAAUAUCUUCUUUCUUCUUCUUUCUUCUAUUAAAUGUAGAGUAGCCAUUAAGGUCCUUUUAAAAGUAUUCCUUAUAACUAGCUCAAUAUUUACUCCCCGCAAUGCAACAGUUCAAAAAAUAAAUUUUAGUACUGUUCCAGGGCGAAUGAGUGUCCCCUGAAUAGAAGAAUUCUUAUAUUUUUAAAUUCUUUAAAUGUACAAAAUAUUUCCUUCUGAAUUAAUUAUUUUUUUAGUUUGAAAAUAUUUAACUACAUCAUGAUAUAGUUUUAGUUUAUACUUAACCUUUUCUUACUUGAUUAAAAUAUUCUUUCUUGUUUUUAAUUUCUUUUUUCAGUUGUAACUGUCUCACAAAAUAUUUCAAAAUGAGUUCUUUUAAAAGCAUUAACAUGUUUUGAAAUAGAAAAGAAAUAUAUCAGUUAUGCUUUCUAUUAUAUUUAAUUAACCUCCUGAUUAAAUAUUGUUCAAUUUUCAUUUAAAUAAUACAUAAUAUAUUUACAUUGCAUUUGUGAUCAAAUAUAUUUUUAAAAUGAACAAACAAUGUUAUUUAAUUUUACCUCUAAUUGAAGGCUUGUUAUAUUUUUACAUUCUUUAAAUGUACCAAAUAUUGCCUUCUAAUUUACAGUUAUUUUUUAUCUUGAAAAUAAUUAACUACAUCAUGAUAUAGUUUUAGUUUCUACUUAACUUUUUCUUACAUAUUUAAAAUAUUCUUUCUUAUUUUGAAUUUCUUUUUUCAGUUGUAACUGUUUCACAAAAUAUUUCAAAACAAGUUUUUUAAAAGUAUUACAUGCUUUGAAAGAGAAAAAUAAAUAAAUCAGUUAUAUUUUCUAUUAUAAAUAAUUAACCUUCUGACUAAAUAUUGUUCAAUUUUCUUAUAAUUAAUGCAUAUAUUCACAUUAAACUUUUGAUCAUAUAUAUUUCUAAAAUGAACAAACAAUGUUAUUUAAUUUUACCUGUAAUUGAAGGCUUCUUACAUUUUUACAUUCGUAAAAUGUACUAAAUAUUUGCCUUCUGAAUUACAGUCAUGUUUUUAGCUUGAAAAUAAUCAACCAUGACAUGACAUAGUUUUAGUUUCUACUUUACCUUUUCUAACAUGAUUAAAAUAUUCUUUCUUGUUUUGAAUUUCUUUUUUCGGUUAUAAUAGUCUCACAAAAUAUUUCAAAAUGGGUUUUUUAAAAGUAUUAACAUGUUUUGAAAGAGGAAAAUAAAUAAAACAGUUAUGUCUUCUAUUAUUAUUAUUAUUAACCUUCUGACUAAAUAUUGUUCAAUUUUCUUUUAAAUAAUGCAUAUAUUCACAUUGCACUUUUGAUCAUAUAUAUUUCUAAAAUGAACAAACAAUGUUAUUUAAUUUUACCUCUAAUUGAAAGCUUCUUACAUUUUUACAUUCUUUAAAUACCUUCUGAAUAACCAUGUCAUGGAAUAGUUUUAGUUUCUACUUUACCUUUUCUAACAUGAUUAAAAUAUUCUUUCUUGUUUUGAAUUUCUUUUUUCGGUUGUAAUAUUUCAAAAUGUUUCUUUUAAAGUAUUAACAUGCUUUGAGAGAGAAAAGAAAUAUAUCUAGUUUUGAAUUUCUUUUUUCAAUUUUCUUUAAAUUAAUGCAUAUAUUCCCAUUGCAUUUUUGAUCAAAUAUAUUUUUAAAAUGAGCAAGCAAUGUUAUUUUAUUUUAAUACGAUUAAUAAAUCAAUUUUAAUAAUAUAAAAAACUUUGAUUAAUAUAAUUAAUGUAUCAAUUUCAAUAAUAUAAAACUUUAAUUAGUAUAAUUAAUGAAUCAAUUUAAAUUAUAUAAAAGCUUUAAAUAUAUGGUCAUCUUGAAUACAAUGAUUUCUUAAUUUUAGUAGUGGCUAAUGUCCUCUCUAUACUUCACUAUUUCUUUUAAAUUUUAAACAAUCAAGUCUUAUAAUAUUAAACUAUUGUUUAAUAAAUGCAUAUUACUAUAGGUAUUUAUUAUUGUUUAAUAUUUGUAAUUCUUGCAAUGUUGUCUCUUUAUGCACAGCAAUUUAUAAAAUAUAUUUUUAUGAAGUAACAAAACAAACAUUUAAAAUAAAUUAGGUACAUGAUAGAUGUUAAAAUAAUGAACUAUGAAAAUAUGUGUACUUAAUGGAGUAUAUAUUGCAAAUUAAAAAUAAUAUUUAAUAGGAAAACUGUUUAAUAAUAUAAAUGUUGUUUGAUUUUAAGACUGGAAAGGUUCCCGGGGCAGGUUAAGUUGCUAGAAUGAAAGAUGAUAAGAAAUGAUAAGAAAUUUCCAGUGGGCCAAUAGAGUGCACCCAGUCUGUUACUGUGUACAGUACAGAAGAACGGCUGUUGCUGUUGAUAUGCUCCUAUGCUAUAGGAGGUCUAUAGAAACAACAUUGCAAGAUUUUAAAUACUAAACAAUAAUAAAUAUAUUAAUAUGAAUUUAUUAAUUAAUUAUGCUCCUAUAGUUUAUUAAUUUAUUAUGCUCCUAUGCUAUAGGAGCCCUAACUCACCACAAGUUGUAGUGCCGGAAGGAAGAAAAGAAGGAAGGAAUCUAACAGGAAACAUAUAAUUUAACCACAAGUAUUUUAUAAAAUGAUCUUUAUCACUGCUAUUUAAAAAAUAAAAAUACACCAGUCAAAUGUAAAAGAACCUUAGCUCACAAGUCAUUGGCAUACAAACACAAUAAACAUGCCAUUUUUAUAUGAAAGAAAAGAACACUAAGAAGGGUCUAGUUCCAUCCACCAGUACCUGUACCAUAAUUCGCCUCACAAAGAUUUAUCAGACAUAGUUCAGUAAUUUAACUAGUAGCAAAACUUGGAGACUAUUUGGUUUACUGUAAGAAACGAUAUUGAUUAUCAAACGUAUAUGAUUAUAUAGCUUAUCAUUAUUGUGAAUAAAAAUGAACGUAGAAUACUUCAAGUCGUAAGUCGACACUAUGAAUAAUAAUGAACUAGCCUUUCUUGAACAAACUUAACUGAGUCUUUCUAGCCUAGACGGUAUGUUAUAAAUUUGACUUAAAUACCUCUCUUCGAAAGGUUUAAUCAUAGGAAAAAGCAUUUCAUAUUUUAUAAACCCCUCCGAGGCGUCUGAAAAGAAGAUGGCCUCGUGAUCUACUUACGUAAAUAUAUUAUUAGAGCGCUACCAAUGGGUAGUUUCUCAACAAGCGUUUUCAUGUGAUUGUAUUAUUACUGUGUGCUGAUUUACUAGUUUAUUUUUUUAUAAUACAGUUGUAAAUAUCAAUGAAUAAAAAUAAAAAAUAUUUUAUAAAUAGCGUUUUCAAAAUUAACAAGAUAAUUUAAGAAAGGCAUUUUUGCGACCAGGAAAAAUGUGCCUAAAUGCCCUUAAACUCUUUUAAAAAAAAUUAAUUUUAAUUAUUUAUUUAUGAUAUUUACAGCUGUAUUAAGAAUUAAAAUACAUUUAGUAAAUUUGAUAACUGAAAACAAUAACAUGAAAUAACUUGUUGAGAAACUACCAACUAGUAGCAAUCGUAACAAAAAAAAUGUAUUUACAAUAGGAGAUCUUCUUUUCAGACGCCUCGGAGGGUUACCAAGGAUAGAAGAGAAAGCAAGGUUAGAAACAAGAGGGUUCGGAUGGUUCAGAAGUUUAUUAUGGAAGAAAUCUGGAUGGAGUUUAAUCGGAAAUAAAUGGUACAUUAAGGUCGUUAUGGAUUUUAUUUGUAAUAAAGUAAGCAGCAGGAUUUUAAGAAUGCGAGAGGAAUUUGAUGGUUUAAAAUAAAAUAUAGAAAACUAUUAUUUAUAAAAAAGAUAGGUUGGUAGAGGUAAGAAGGUGUCUUUCUUUGCAAUCCAACAACUAAACAAGAGAACGAAACUGAGAUAUUUGCAAGAAUUGUAGUUUUUUUAACUUACAAGAUAUUUCUUAUUUAUUUAUUUAAAUAUUUAACUUUUGCAUUGUUAUAUUAUCACCAUAUCUCGUAUAUCAAUAAAUAGGUUAAAGAAUGAAGGCGUGUUAUUUUAAAAUCAUCCCUUUAAGUAUAUAAAAUAUUAAUAUGGACUAUCGAUAUGGAUAUAGGUAGUUGAAACUAUCGAUAUAUAGAUAAUACUAUCGACUAUCGCCCAUUCAUUAUUUUUUAUUUUAUUAUUAGGAUUAUUUUAUUGGUAACAAAGUAAGGAGCAUUGAGGAUUUUCUGAAGGAUUUUGGAUUGUAAGGAUUGGAUUCGUAAGGAUGGGUUUCUCUUAAACUUAAUGCGCGGAAAAACAAACAGCAACAAUUAAGCUCCACGCCUAGAGUAUCAACAAACCAGACUUGCUAACAAACUAUUAUGACGACAGGAGUAUAAAUAAAAUUAUUCAGAUUAAUAUGCAGCCAUAUCUGUCGAAUGAUGGGGGAAAAUACUAGUUAAAAGGGACGCAAAUAUAAUCAUCAGCCAAGAUUAAUUCCAGUGGCAGAAUCUAGACUAAAGACAGGGGCAAUUCCGAAACGAAUCGAUACCGAAAGCAGCAACAUAACCAACAAAGCUCAGAAGAUCCGAGAGAAUAAAAAGACACCUUCACGGUUACUUGAAGGGGUAUUUAACUUAAUAAAGUAAUCAAGCAUUUCAGCGACUCGGUUAAAUCAUUAAAACCAUGGCCCAAUUUUUCGCAGAAAAGUAUGAAUUCAAGUAUUGGGUUGUUGAAGUAGGUGCCGGUUAUUCUUGAAUAGAAAGCUAUAACUAAAAAAAUCCUUGAUUUCUAAUAAAUUAAUAAUUGCUUCACUAUAAAUUAGACAAAAUUUACUUCAAAUAAAACUAGAGUUUGUCAUUGAUAAAACCAUUCAAAGAGGAGUUUCGUGCGGCUAAACUAACCUAAGUUCUGUUUUAAAAAAAAAUUAAUUAUUCGCGAUUUUUUUUAUCAUCCUACAACUAUGCUACAGAUACCCCACCUUCAGAAAAAACUCCCUUGUUCAAUAAGCUCCAUAUUGUUGUCCAUAUUAAUUAAAUUGAGGUUUGUCACGAAAUAAAUUGAGAUUCGCUUAUUAUGAUUGGAAACAUUUAGUCACUUAUAAAUACGGAUCAAUUUCUAUUUCAAGAUUAUAUUAUUAUUAUU